UGCGAUCUCGUUCUGCGGCUUGGCCGCGACUAGCGGCGAGACCAACGACGGCGGUGGUAGGGUUGGCGAAGGUAGACCACCGACCAACCGAAAAACGAUCGACGACAGAGGCUCGUUUCUAAUCGAACAACCCCGUUUCGUUCGCGUGUCUGUCGUUACAGAAAUGCCGACAGCUACGUGCUCGAGCACGGGUUGGGAGAAAAUCGGUGGCGUGAAACCGGAAACCGUGAACUCCCAGGCGGUUCUGUUCAGCGCGGUAAACUCGAACGGAAUCACGAGCAGCUGUUUCGAGAGAUGCGAACGCGUCAACUGCACAGCGUUCGUCGUAGAUUUUGCUAGAAGCGUUUGCUACAGCGUCGAAACCGAGGACGACGAGCUCGUGCCGGAAGCCAAUUCGACUUACUAUCAUCGAGUCUGCGUGAAGGUUCCAGCCAGUUGCAAACGGGAGAGACUCUGGCAGGUGGAGAGAACCGCGGGAGCAGUGUUCCUCGAUCCCAACGCGUUCCACUUGCCCCGUUCGAUUACCAGGAAUCAAUGUUACGAGAUAUGCAUAGACACGGGUAGAAGCUGCGAAUCGGCGCAAUUUCGUACCAGCGAGCCACUCUCGUCCAGGGACGCGAUCGGCAGAUGCUCGUUGUCGUUGCACGAACGUGGUACCAGACCACAAGCCUACAGGGCUUCGAUGUACAGGGAUGAGUAUCUUCGGGACCAGUGUCGGCACGUGUCGAAACGAGAAUACUGCUCGUACGCGGAAUUUCGAAACGCGUCGUUACCCUACUCGGACGUCGCUCUGAUCAAUUACGACGAGAAACAGUGCGAGAGAAGCUGCGAUUCCAGCGGCCACGGUUUCCUCUGCCGAGGAUACACGCUGGACAACUCGACUGGCGAGUCGAUCUGCCUGUUACACUCGGAGGACACGAACGGACUCGGCGUUAGCUCAUUAAUCCCCGCGGCGAACGCAAUUUACAGAGAACGGGAACCCUGUUUGGAUCUGCAGGUACGAUGCAACGAGACAACGAUGACGAUCGAGCUGAGAACGAACAGUCCGUUCUUUGGUCGAAUUUACGCGACCGGCCACGCGGAUAGUUGCGGCGCCGAUGGACGAGGCAUGAAUCGCACAGUGUUAACGUUGCCGUUACCUCGGCCGGAACAGAUUCGCGAAAUCGAGCCGCGUUGCGGAUUGAACCCCGCCUUUUCCGUUGACAAUCGAAAUCGAACACGACCACUCGUUUGGACGACUAUCGUGGUGCAGUUCAAUCCUAUUUUGCAACGUCUGGGCGAUCAAGCGGUCCGAGUUGGUUGUUCGUUGAACGACCGUGAACCCCCGGAACCGAAAAACGUCACCAUCCAAUCGAGUUUCAGCUUUCUCGAUCCAAACGCAGGAGUGCCGCCGAUAUCGUCGACCAUAGUGAACGCUUCGUCGGAAGCGCCGACCGUCACGAUGAGGAUUCUCGACGAAAACUCGAAGGACGCGGUCGUUACCCACUUGGGUCAGAAACUUCUCUUAAAGAUCGAACUGAAGCCGGCGAACGGUCCGUACGAUAUCGCUGCCGGAGAUCUCGUGGCGAGUAGCGCUUCCGGAGACGCGUCAUCCCCGCUCCUGGACAAAGUUGGUUGUCCGAUAGAUCCAACCACCUUUCCCCCGUUGUCCAAGGACCCCGCCGACGGUCGAUCGUUGAUCGCGACCUUUGCUGCAUUUAAAAUUCCCAACAGUCUGAUAGUUCGCUUCAAUGUGAUCGUUCGAUUCUGCGCGAUGGAAUGCGUCCCGGCCAAGUGCAACGGCGAUGUACUCUCUUACGGAAAAAGGAAACGCGAGACCGGACCACCGAACGUUCGAGCUUUCGAGGAUGCCAUUCCGGUAGGAGACGAGAUCACUCCGGACCAAUUACCGCUUCAAAUCUCUAUAAUAGUACAUAAUCCUGUCGCAUCAUCGGCGGAUCGAUUGUCGUCGCGGGAGAAACACCCGUCUCCCGACACGGUGCUGAUCACGGGUGCAAACUCCGUGGACGGGCUCUUCUGCGUCAAUGCCAGCCUCGCGCUAAGCCUACUGAUCUUUUGGCUGAUCAUUCAAAUUCUAUUGAUCGUCGGUUGCCUAUUAACGAUCAGCCAAUACAGGCGGGCGGCCCUACGGGCGGAAGAGGAAAGGAUCAACGUCCUCACCAGGCAUCUGUACGGUAUCCACGGUGGAAACUUCGAAAUCGCGCGAAGAGUUCGAUGGGCAGACCAUAACGCGUCGACCUCGUCCCUCGGCUGACGCUCGAUUCUCGCCCGGAUCCGCGAACGUGGCAUUCACUUCUGCCUUUUGUCGCACCGCUGCGACGCGCCAAACCCGAUCGAAUUCCAUCACAGACGAGAUACAAGG